CUCGGGCCUUGGUACGUGACGCUGACUGCUGAUAGUGUUAACAAGGCAACGGACCCCGCGUUCUCAGACAGUGUUUAUUGUCUGUGACAGAUAGCAUUACAAUAACAACAGCAACGAUAAGUACAACACCGAAACAUAAAGACGCUAAAAUACAUCAAUAGCAGACACGGAAGUUCUUGCCAAACUGGAAAAAAGCAGAAAAAAAGGUUUUUAUAACAUCCAGAGGAAAUUUCAAAAUAAACUGAAGGAAAACAAGAUCCACCUUCCUAUGCACUCACCCUCAGACCUCACAAACAACUAUCGAGUGAACAAUACAUUACAGUGUGCAUGGUUACUAUAUAAAAAUACAAAAAAUGCCCAGAUAUGUUAAAAGCAGAACCAAUGCUAAUCCGUAAUCGAGACUGACAGUUGUAAUUUGCCGAGUUCCAGACGGUAAACGGGAGAAGACGAAUGGCUGAAAAUAAACAUCCUUGAAACGAACUGUGAGAAGACGUGAUUUACAAACUGUGAACUAUGACAGUAAACGUGGAUUACAAAAUACCCAGAGUACUAGUUACAGGGAACCCGCAGUAAACGUGAUACAGUAAAGCAGAAUCAGGAUUGGCGGUAAACGUGGAUUACAAAAUAUUCACAGUAACACACAACCAGCAGUAAACGUGAUUUACAAGACGACAGCUACAGUAACGAAGAAUCAGACGCGAGGUUGGUGAAGCAGGACUGACGGUAAACGUGAACUACAAAAUGGUGAAUCGAAGACAGUAAAGCGUGAAAGUCGGUAAACGUGAAUCACAAAUGAUAACAUCGUACAGGCUACAUCGGCGCUUACAGAUCUCUGAUGAACUAAAUUACCAAAUGUUUCACAUCAAACAGCCGAUGAUUACUUUGUGGUGUCGUUAAACAAAACGAACGUAAAACGUUUAUAAAAGUGAAACAUUCGUAGUCCGAAUGGAUAUUUAGCCAAACAUGAAAAAUGAAGAACAACAAAUGUAAAUGGUGGAGGGUUUUUUUCCUGUUGACGUGUAGUGUCGUCUGCUGUUGACGUCUGCUACGUAAAUACCGUCUGCAUGGGAACCACGUGCUCUUCUCCCACAGAACAAUCGGUGUCGAUGCAAAGGAUUAAAGAGGAACGAUGCGAUCAUGGACGCCAGCUUCACCGGAGCGCCAGCAUGACGUCAUCAAACAACGUCGACGUCAUCGUGCCACCCAAAGUGACGGCUCUCAGCAACGAGAACACCGUGAUCAGCAUCCCGCACUUGGAAGAAAACUCAUUAACUCCCAAUGACGCCAUUGUCCAAACGGACAGAGAAUCAGUGCUCAAAACACAGGAAAACCCGGACAGCCGGAGCCUAGCGCCGUCCGACACAUUUUCAUCUAUGACUCCAGAGUGCACGAGCGCCGCUACAACACCCAGAUUUGUUAAACGGGAAGUGUCCAGUCUGAACUAUAUUUCCGAACCUGUGUAUCGUCUGCUCAAAGGUCAUGUCGGUGAUCUUGGUGACAUCAAACCAAGAGUGAUUCGCCUCUUUGUGGUGGCUUGCUGCAGUGAUAGCAUCAGUGAAAGGACAAUCUUAGAAACGAAAAUAUUCCCAUCAUUGAAACGGUUUUGUGCUGAGAGAAAAUAUUGUUUGGAACUUGUCGACAGUAACUGGCCAACGUGUUGUCAUGUGAAAGAAAUAAGAAGAGAGUUAUCUCAACAACUGCUUCAAGAUUGUAUUCUGACGUCAUCACUUGUUCUCGUUCUGAUUUUCCUCAACAAUAAACUAGAGUAUUCAGUUCCGCGCCAAAUUAACUCUUCGGAUUUUGAAGACAUUCGUACCAGGCUACAACCCAACAGUGACGAACGUUUCCUUCUUGAAUCUUGUUAUACCAAGAGUAAUUCAGACGUUUACACGCUGUGCGUGUGCAGCGAGUGUGAUAAGACAAAAUUGAACAGUCAGUGCAAUAGAAUAGACCGGCUCAUUGCAUUGUUUCAGCAAAACAUGACUGAAUGCCAGGCUGAGAAAUAUCUGCUAUCUGCACAAGAGGAUGAACUGACGUCGGCGCUGACGUUGAGCGGAAUUCAGCCGGGACACGUCGUCAUGAUCAACAGGAACUUCGUCAGGCUUCAGGAUCACUUGGCGCCCAACUACUUUAACAUGAACGACGGCGUGAUCGACAAGCACUCGCAGGCGAAGAUUCACCAGCUGAAGGAACUCGUCGAGUCCAUUAUUCCCGGAGCCAACGUCAUCCGGCACAGCGUCAAGUGGAAGUCGUUGGACAAUGACCUUGGAGAGACGUUCGAGGACCGCGAGUAUUUGAAGCGAUUUACCACAGAAGUGGAAGCCGCCGUUCUCAAGGUCAUUGGCGAUCACGUGGACACCGAGGACAGGUCUCCGUAUAAUAAUUAUACAGGUAUUAAUCGUCGGCUUUGCGAAGAACUGAUGCAUCAAUCUCGUCUGUGCCAAACAUUCUCAAACGAAGUGAACUCAUCUGUGAUAGCCAAGCUGCGAACCUACCUCCAGAACAGCGCCCAGAAUCCCAUGGUGCUACACGGCCCGCCCGGAAGUGGAAGGUCCAGCGUCAUAGCCAAGAUGGCGGCCGAGUGCCCUCGUCUGCUUCCGGAAGCGGCGGCGCUGGUGCGGUUCUGCGGCAUGACGCCGUUCUCGUGCAGCAUGUUCAGUGUGUUUCACAGCAUUAUUCAGCAGAUCGACUGCCUGAACGAGUCCAGCUUCAACCCUGGUAAAGAUGAGAUGCCGCACCGAUCAUUCCCUGUCUAUUCGGAACGCGCGUGCUUUCAAACUCUUCUUGACCUUGCCACCGAACUCCAGCCAUUGGUCAUUCUGAUGGAUGACGUGACCGCUGACUCGGGAAGUUGGUUGCCAAGGCAACUCCCGCCCCACGUGAAGAUGAUCGUCACUCUGCAAGACCAGCAGACAGUCGAACGACUUAAGAAGGAUUUUCGUCAAGACAACUGUUUCAUUGAACUGCCAGAACUCAGUGGUGAAAAUUCUAAAUAUUUGAACGCCUUGACGAAACAUCUUUUAUCUGAAUGCACAUUAAAGAGCAACGCACCUUUCGAAGUAUCUGGUGGUACAGAGAAGAAAACCACACCAAACGAAUCAGUAAACAUCAAAACAAUAUCAGACGAAUACUUCAGCGUUAUCGAGAGGCAGUUCGGACGUGAUCUAGUUGUUCGUAUUUUGCGAUUGUUGUUGUCGGCAAAAGUGGGGCUGAUGAGUUCGGCACUAAUAGACCUGUUGCUAGACGACGACGACGCCAAUUCUGUUCCCACAAGGCAUCUCGUGACGACCACGUGGCAAUGCGUCAGAUGUUGUCUGCUGCCCUUUCUACACUCUUGCCAUCACGGAGAUUCCAUUUUGCACAUGUGGAUGAGUGCCAGUUUAAAGGUUUUAGCGCGAGAAAGAUACCUAUCCUCGGCCGACGACGUCAAAUCUAUUCAUAAGCAAAUCUGUUAUUAUCUAGUCAAACGGUGGAACGAAUCGCACGGAACCAGCGGCACCAGUGACUCAAAAUCUGUGAUAAAACCAUCAGAGAACAAUUUAGUCCACGAACUACCUUACCACAGUAUUUUAAGCGGAAGUAAAGACCGCAAGCUUCUGGACUCCUUUAUUUACAACCCAGUUUGGUUGGCAGAUAGCAUCGAUUUUACCUCUACAGUCCACGUGUGCCAGGUGUUGAGAUUUGUCCAGACGGAGCCGGAUGGUGACGACAGUAUAGACCUGGAAACCAUGCUGCAAGUCAUAUGGCUCUCCCACCAAGCACUGGACGUCAGUGGACGGCAGAUCUAUUCUCAGAUGAUCACCCGUCUGCGCUCGGUCAUGCACGACGCAAAAAGGCUGCCAAAAAUCUCAAAACUGUUCAACGUUUGCCGCUCGUCGAAAGUGUCGUACGUCGUUCCGUCGAAGAUGUGUCUCGCGCGUGACAUCAAAGAAGCCGACAGGCUGGCGGAGUGUCACGGAGAGGCCCCGUGCAGCCUGUACGUGAUCGGACCCAACAGCGGGAGAGUCGCCAACCUGUUCGACGAGAAGGGAGAGAUAGUGAUAUGGGAUCUGAGUUCCGGGGAGCAGGUGAAGACUCUGAGGAAUCUAAACCAUCCGAGAGCUCUGGCCAUGAUCGACGACAGCAGGGCCGUGAUUCUCUGCGACAGAGAGCUCAAAGUGUACGACCUGGACCGGGAACAAGUGGUCAGGAACCUCAGGGGCGUCCUCAACCUCAAGAUGCCUCUGUUCAGCGUUCCCAACCAGGAGAACGUCGUCGCUCUGUCCAGAAACAGGAUGUACGUCAAUGUCCUGGACAUCGCCACUGGCGAUAUGGUGGCGACGUUUAAAGCAGGGGAGGACCGUUUCCUGGACAGCCUGCUUGUCAGCAAGAACGGCAAUGUUCUGGUGUGCGGGGACGCCACGCAGAAGCCGUCGCCUCUCCUUGUGUGGAACCUCAAGGAAAGUAGACUGGUGCACGACCUGCGCAUGGCGCAGCACGAGUACAUCACGAGCAUCGCAGACGUGACCAAUGACGGCCAUUAUGUGGUCUGCGCAUGCGUGGAGCUGGACACUGAGAACCCCAACUUCGUUGCGGUGUACGACCUGGCAAGUGGCCAGCUCUUCAAGGUACUCAAGACGACUCGCAACACGACGUGCCUGUCCACCGACGUCCACCUCAACUGCGUGGUCAGCGGGCUCGAGACAGGGGACUUCCUCGUCUGGGACCUGGUGUCGGGUCACACCAAGUUUUACAUACAUGGAGUAGGAUCCUGGUUCAACUGCAUGGCGAUGGCCAGUCAAAGUCCUAUUUGCAUGUCCUACUACACUGGUGUCAAAAAAAAUCCGGAAGCUAGGACUGUGUGUCUGUGGGACUACAAAAAAGGUUGUCUCCUAACGUCCUUCACCUUCGACAGCCCUCUGACAUGCGCAGUUCUUUCACCUGAUGGACACAAGGUUGUUGUAGGUCUCCAUGGUUACGAGGAUAUCAUUGUACUGAGGCUGACUCCUAUGGUGUACCAGGAGGGAUCGAAUUCAAGAAACGACGAGAGCUGAU